AUCCCGUAUCUGCAAUACUCAGUGAGUUUAUUGUGACCUUAAAGUACUUUGUAAUCCUCCUUUAAACACUCUACAACAUCUUAAUAAUAAUAUUACAGGACAAGACACACAUAUCUACUUUUGCUGAUAUAGCAUAUAGCGUUUUUUUAUUGCUACACAUUUUUAUCACUUUUCUCAAACUUAACCAUAUCCUAAAAUCGGAAAAAUCUAAAGGUAAUUUGGAACAUGAUAACUGAACAUAAUGGUGGAUAGGUGGAUUUAAAUAUUAUGAUAAAAGUCUCAGUUUAUGUUGCAGGUUGGGCAAAUACAUUUUCGUGUCUAUUUAUCUUUUACCUUUUGGAUAAGAUCCAAGACAAAUCCGCUGAAAAACAUAUAUUAGCACAUUUCUUGGGCUGCACCUGGCUCGCUCCUCCACUCACAAAACUCCACGCGUCUCAGUCGAUGCUUUACCCUCUUAAGGCCCUUGAAUCUGAGGCAAACCCGUGGUAGAAAAUUCCCCAUGACACGUUUAUUUAACAGGCGAUCCAUAAACUGACCCAGCAUGGAAACAUCCCACCAGAACCGGUGUUUUUUUUUUUUUGUUUGUUUGUUUGUUUUUUGAGGAUGGAAAAAUCAGACUGUUGGCUGGUUUUUGUGCACCUUCGAGGCUCACCAGUGUCAGCGUCACGCCACUGUGGCCUUUACUUUACCAUAUGAAAAGGAGAGCGCAUUAAGAUGCAAGAGGCGUACAAACCUCCUAUGUACCCAAAGCCGACUUAACACAGGCCUCGGUUGCUCUGAGUUAUUAUGAAAGAGAUAACCAUAUAUAGGCCUAUAUAUACUAUAUAUACGACACUAUUUUAUCUGGCAUCAACAACUUCAGUAGCUUUAUAACCUCAGAAUUGGUUAAAGAGUGUAAUAAUAAUCUUUACUAAUCUACAUUCUUUUAUAUUUUGGAAGAAAGUCUGUUUUGUUGCAGGGUUUCUUACUCUGUUUCUCCAUAUGAUUCAUUUAUACUUUGCGCUUCCAUAGACAAAACCAGACUUUUCUGUGUCUCUUGUCUUUUUGUCUUUUGUAAUAUUUUCUAGCGUGUUGUUGCCUAUUUUCCUGCAGCAGGAACUUUGUGCACCCGAGGCUCGACUGAGACACAACAACUCCUCCCUGGCUGUGCGUCCAAUCAGCGGGAGUUCUGCAGAGCCUUUCUGUUGUCAUUGGAUGGAGAUGGGAGAGGAAUACGCAGCCAUGGCACAACGUAAACACAUGCUGGUCUCCUUAGCUCCGCAGAGGACGCGCCGGAUAGAGCAGAUGAAGUGAGCGAAACUACCGAGAGGACCGGAGAGGCUUUAAAGUUGUUGUCAUUCUCAUGUAAUCGCUUUAAAACGUUAAUAUAAAAAACGGGUUAUAAGUGAGCGGUGCAACAGCUCCUCAGUUUGGCACGGAAAUAAGGUGUUUUUCCAUAUCAUCAGUUUCUGUGGAUUACGCACGGCGGAGGCUCCGGGACAGAGAAAAGUUUUGAAGACUAUUGUUUUGUUGCACAGGAAUGCUAAGAAAGUGUGUUUUGUCACACAUGUCUCAGCACGCACAAGCUGCUAUAUAACUAAAAUUAUAAUCUGAGCCUCUAUGGAGUGAUUUCGGACCUUUUUUUUUUACCAAUCGCGCAUAAGUUUCACUCAUGUUGAGAUAGACUGAAUUUAUUCAUGGAUUAGAAUAAACUGGGACUUUAACAAAACAUCAGAAGAGAUAAAUAUAUCUUAAGAUAUAUGCUUUGGGGGAUGGCAACAGCCACUUCGAGUCCAUACCUAGCCAGCAGCAGGAUUUUAUCCGGCCCUGUCCUUCACUCUGAUCGGAGGGGUGGUGGCAUGCAGCCGGGCAGCACCGCUGUGACCACGGUGUCUAGUGGAUACAGAGGGGACCCUUCAGUAAAGAUGGUGCAGAGUGACUUCAUGCAGGGAGCCAUGGCGGCGAGCAACGGGGGCCACAUGCUAAGCCAUGCCCACCAGUGGGUGACAUCGUUGCCUCACGCAGCAGCCGCAGCAGCCGCGGCCGCGGUGGCAGCAGUCGAGGCCGGCUCUCCGUGGCCCCCCAGCUCCCAGCCGCAAGACGCGAAGAGAACAGCCGGCAGGGAGGACCUCCACUCAGGCUCUGUUCUGCACCACAGGUCCCCACAUCUGGGACCUCAUCAGGCGCACCCGGGAAGUUGGGGAGGCACUUCCGCAGCGCACAUCAGCAUCACCGAGGGGCAGCAGCAGCAGCAGCAGCAACAGCAGCAACAGUCUCUCAUUUACUCCCAGACCGGCGGGUUUACAGUCAACGGGAUGCUAAGCUCGCACGCUGGGCAGAGCCUCAUGCACCCGGGGCUGGUGCGCGGGGAGUCCCCGGAGUUGGACCACAGCAGCCACCAUCAUCACCAUCACCACCAUAAUCACCACACGCACCAUCACCAGCAUCACGGGGUGAGCCACGAACCGCACUCAGACGAGGACACCCCAACGUCUGAUGACUUGGAGCAUUUCGCCAAACAGUUCAAACAGCGGCGGAUCAAGCUGGGUUUCACCCAAGCAGACGUGGGCUUAGCUUUGGGCACCCUGUACGGCAACGUGUUCUCACAGACCACCAUCUGCAGGUUUGAAGCGCUGCAGCUGAGCUUUAAGAACAUGUGCAAGCUGAGGCCUCUGCUGAACAAAUGGCUGGAGGAGGCCGAUUCCACGACCGGGAGCCCGACCAGCAUCGAUAAGAUCGCCACCCAAGGCAGGAAGAGGAAAAAGCGCACAUCCAUCGAGGUGAGCAUAAAAGGCGCGUUGGAGAGCCACUUCCUCAAGUGUCCCAAACCAUCCGCACAGGAGAUCAACUCCCUGGCGGAAACCCUGCAGCUGGAAAAGGAGGUGGUCAGAGUCUGGUUCUGCAACCGCAGGCAGAAAGAGAAGCGCAUGACGCCGCCUGGACUGCCACGCACCCCGGAGGACGCAUAUUCACAGGUGGGCAGCAUGGGUCCUGACACACCGUCACCCUCCAUAGACUGCAAGAGGAUGUACAGCGACACGUGAAAAUAACUUAAACAAAAUGCCGGACAAGAAAUCUGAACAACGUGAAGUGUUUGAAAACAUUUUUAGAGAAAAUGUUUCCUGUUUCCCUAAAUGAUAGGAUAAUUCAUUAACUUUUCUUACAGAUCCCCAUGUCUCUUGAUCCACAACAAUAAUGUUUUCCAGUGUGUGUUCAUUUCAGAGCAGGACAAAUGUCUACUUUUAUGCAUUGCUUCGGCAUCGGUAUUUUUCUGCACUAUGAAUCAGCCUUUGGGACAGAGAAUUAAAAGCGUAACUAAAAUCUGAAUAGAAAAUAAUUCAAAGUCUAUUAAAGGCAAUGUUUGUUCACCAAAAGAGACGACAGAAUGAACAUUUAUCAAUUUGAUGCCAAGAAGUUCAAACAGAAAAAGUUGUUUCCGUAUCACUGUAAUGUUAAAAAUAAAAGUUCCCUUGUAAUGCUGCAGAUGUUGAUGUCCCACAGGCUAGACUGGGCUGUAACCUACUUUUAAAAAAAAUGGAAGACAUUGAUUUAAUGCGCUUUAUUCAGCAUUAAGUUGUUUUUUAUGAGCAAUAAUUGAUCUUCCUUCAAACGUGUUUCUCACUUUUGUGUUGUGUGUCAGUGGAUUUAUGUUGUGACACAGUUUAAGAUGGUCAAAGAGCGAUUUGAAAUAAUACCAGUAUUGUGUUUGUUUUCCUUCAUAGGAAACUUAUUUUUUUAAAUUAGAAAACAUUCCCUUAAGUUUAUGUACAAGUAAGUCUGCUGUGUAUUCUUGUGUGAUGAUUUGUACUAUUUAUUUUUUCCACUGUGUUUAUUUUCAUGGAAUAGACUAAUUAUUUAAUAAAUUUGACAUAAGGAAAGAA